UGCUCCGCAUUUGCCCCCUUAUGGCCUGACCCUUGGUGUGCCUGACUUAUUAAACCUUCUGGCCUCCACAGGGCACGGACAGAAUUUGCUGGUGACAAAGAUCCAGUAACAUAUUUCCACAUGUCCUUUCCUUUGCACCGCACCCAGAGUCCCUUUUGCAGAUACAACAGGUAAAAGCAGGGCCACAGCAAGUGCCUCUGACAGGAGGGAGUGGGGAGUUCCCAGAGGAAAGAGAAAAGGGAAGAGAGAGGGGGCCCAGCCUGAGACCAAAAGUGCAGAGCGAGCCAUGGGCUUCUCCUGGAGACCCUGAAACAGAGCCCCAGGAAGAGGUGAUGACAAAAGAGAAGGCUUCUCAACCCUCACAAGAGGAAGUGGACCCAAGAGACACGCAUAGAGGUCAGAGAACGGCCAUGCAGAAGGAAAAACAGCAAACCGAGCUGCAGCGAGCGCCUGAGCCCUGCGGCCCAGGCACAGGAAGCGGGCAGAGCCCUCAGGACCCAAGGAGGGCAGAGCGCCAGCCUGAAGCUCUGGCAGUGCAGGCCGGACGCUGGAACCACGAGAGGAAUGUAGCUGCCAGUUCCUGGGGCAGCAGCCUGCUGGGCCCUGGAGCACAGGGCCUAAGCCCUGAGCAGGUGCCUCAGCCAAGCCUGGGCAGUCACAGCCCAUGCCAGGCUGCUAGCGCUGGCCCAGGCUGGAAACACGUGAGGGCUUGGGCUCUUGCACAGAGCCGGUGCAAAAACCUAGCAAAAGAGCCUCCUCUGCAUCAUGAGACGGGGCCUCGUAUAAGGCUUAGUCCCAGGCUGAUAACUACUUCCUAGACCCCUCAAACAACACCCCUUGGCCUGCACCCCGGAGAGUGGCUCAGAGAGGUGGGGCUACAAAAGGAACUGAGCGGCCCUGGGGGUAGGUGGAGCCCAGCCCUGGGAGGUGGGGGGGACUGAGAGGGAGGCGUGUCAAGGGAGGAGCUCAGAUCAGGCUGGGGGUCGGCACUGGGAGAGGGUUUUCUCUGUUCGUUCUGACGGGGCACUCAUUCUGCACAGGACUUUUUGGAAGUCGGAGGGAGGAGGACACUCAGAGUGAGGGGUUGCCCUCAACGGGGAUUCCAGAAUCUCCCGGACUCGAAUGAGAGGGGGAGGCCUCUUCCCAGAAGCAUCAGCUUCUGGGCAUCUCAGAACCCUGGCUCAAGCCUGACCAGAGUGCCCCCCUACUGCGAAACAGGCCAGGGCCCCCAUUUCUCUAAGGCCUGCAUCCCUCCCUCCGGGGUGCGCCCUGCCCCUCCCUGAGUCACCCCAGGGAGAGAGGGGAAAAAAGGGAAGAGAAAAGAGGCAUUGACUACAGAGGAAGGAAAAGGAAACAGCAGAGGAGGGAGGAGAGGCCACGCAGGAGUGGGUGACAGAGGAGAUCAGAGAGGGCAGAUCUAGGGCAGAUCUAGGGCAGGGGGAGAUAGCAAGCCGAGCAUCCCAAAGGGCGCCCCAAGAGCAGGCCGCCAGGGGCGGGGAGCUGAGGGGGCGGGCCGGCCAUGUCCCACGGGACCUACUACGAGUGUGAGCCCCGGGCUGGCCAGCAGCCACUCGAGUUCUCGGGGGCCCGAGCGGGGCCUGGGGAGCUAGGGGACAUGUGUGAGCAUGAGGCCUCCAUCGACCUAUCUGCCUACAUCGAAUCUGGGGAGGAACAGCUCCUCUCCGACCUCUUCGCUGUGAAGCCAGCACCUGAGGCCCGAGGCCUGAAGGGCCCCGGAACCCCUGCCUUCCCCCACUAUCUGCAGCCUGACCCUCGGCCCUUCGCCUACCCCCCACAUACCUUCGGCCCCGACAGGAAGGCCUUGGGGCCUGGCAUCUACAGCAGCCCGGGGAGCUACGACCCCAGAGCCGCCGUGGCCGUGAAGGAGGAGCCUCGGGGGCCUGAGGGCAGCCGGGGGGCCAGCCGCAGCGGCUACAACCCUCUGCAGUACCAAGUGGCUCACUGUGGGCAGACGGCCAUGCACCUGCCCCCGACCCUGGCAGCACCCAGCCAGCCCCUACGUGUCCUCAAGGCCCCUCUGGCCACUGCUGCACCCCCCUGCAGCCCCCUCCUCAAGGCGCCCUCCCCAGCUGGCCCCUCACACAAGGGCAAGAAGGCCGUGAACAAAGACAGCCUGGAGUACCGGCUGCGGCGGGAGCGAAACAACAUUGCCGUGCGGAAGAGCCGGGACAAGGCCAAGAGGCGCAUUCUGGAGACGCAGCAGAAGGUGCUGGAAUACAUGGCCGAGAACGAGCGUCUGCGCAGUCGGGUGGAGCAGCUGACCCAGGAGCUGGACACACUCCGCAACCUCUUCCGCCAGAUCCCUGAGGCUGCCAACCUCAUCAAGGGUGUGGGGGGCUGCAGCUGAGCCCGGCUGGCAGACUGUGGGGACCCCCCCCGGGGGACCCCCACCCUGCUGGGGUCCUAGAGCCCCUCACAGGCCAAGCCAGGAGACAGAGACCAUGGACAAAUGGCAGCGGGUGGCAGGGAGGAGGCCCCAGCAUGAUGAUUCUGUGGCUGAAUAAAACUGCAGCAUGACUAGUGGUGGGGCUGUACACUGGGCCUGGGGUGGGUGUGUAUGUAUGUGUGUGUGUGUGUUUCCGUGUGUGGCCUAAGGAACUCCAAGAGCAGGGGAUGCAUGGGGCUAGGUCUGCAUACCCUUUGAUUCCAAGCCCAAAUGAAUAUUCAGGAAAUUCAGCAGGGCCCUUGGCACUCC